AUGACUUUGCCCCUGCGGAAGCGGGGGUCGGGGGGAGGACUCGGCGCCAAAGGCACAGGGCCUGGGCCGCGUGCGGAGGGCGAGGCUGUGGGAGCCCGCGUCGCGGAGCCUGACCGCCGCGUCGCGGAGCCUGACCGCCGCGUCGCGGAGCCUGACCGCCGCGUCGCGGAGCCUGACCGCCGCGUCGCGGAGCCUGACCGCCGCGUCGCGGAGCCUGACCGCCGCGUCGCGGAGCCUGACCGCCGCGUCGCGGAGCCUGACUGCUUCCUCCCAGGCCUCCGGCCGCCUCUGGGCAGCUGUGAUUAUCCGAGGCCUAAUGCAGGGCUCGGCUCCAGCCAGCAGAACAAAGUUAAUAUAACAGACGAAAGAGCAAGGUAUUUCCAGCUGCGGUUCAUGCGCCAGAGCCAGAACCGGCUGACAGGUGGAGUUUAUCAGCCCCCGGACCCGGCCUCCCUCGCUGCGCGCCGUGCCUGCCGCCGCUCCCGCGUUUACAGCAUAUUUAGCAAGCCAGCAAUUAACAGCUCGCGUCCUCGGGCGCUAGAAACUGCUUGUCUUCUUCUGAAGGCGGCCUCGGCGCAGGCUGCUGCCUGGGAAAGGCAGGGGCCGCCGGCGCUCUCCGCCGCACUCACGCCGCGGAGGCCCGCUCCGCCAUUAGAUACAAUGCCGCGGAUGGCUACUUGA